GGCUCCGGGAUGAGCCCCUGGCAGCACUGCCCGCCCAACGCCAGCGCGGCCGGCGGGCCGGGCCCGCGGGGGAACGGCACGGGCCGGGCGGCCGAGCGCGGCAGCGCCGUGUCCGUGGCCAUCCCGCUGACCAUGAUGCUGACGGGCAUCGUGGGCAAUGCCCUGGCCAUGCUGCUCGUGUCCCGCAGCUACCGCGCCAAGGGCAGCCGCAGGAAGCGCUCCUUCCUGCUGUGCAUCGGCUCCCUGGCGCUCACCGACAUGCUGGGCCAGCUGCUCACCAGCCCCAUCGUCAUCUCCGUGUACCUGUCGGGCCGGCCCUGGGCGGCCAUGGACCCCUCGGGCCGCCUCUGCGACUUCUUCGGCUUCAGCAUGACGGUGUUCGGGCUGUGCCCGCUGCUGAUCGCCAGCGCCAUGGCCGUGGAGCGGGCGCUGGCCAUCCGCGCCCCGCACUGGUACGCGAGCCACAUGAGCCCGCGGGCCACCGAGCGCGGCCUGGCCGCCAUCUGGGCCGCCGGCGUGGCCUUCGCGCUGCUGCCGCUGGCCGGGCUGGGCCGCUACGCGCUGCAGUGGCCCGGCACCUGGUGCUUCAUCAGCGCGGCCGGCGGCAGCGCCUUCGCCGCCGCCUUCGCCGCGCUGGGGCUGCUGUCCCUCGUGGUCACCGGCGCCUGCAACCUGGCCACCAUCGAGGCGCUGGUGUCCCGCUGCCGCGCCAAGGCCGGCGCGGCGCAGCCCGGCUCGCGGUGGGGCCGCAUCGCCACCGAGACGCUGCUGCAGCUGCUGGGCAUCAUGUGCGUGCUGUCGGCCUGCUGGGCACCGCUGCUGGUGACCAUGCUGAGGAUGGUGUCGGAGCCCGCGGGCGGGCCGUGCCGCGGCGGCUCGCAGCGCUGGGAGCUGCGCAGGGAGUGCAACCUGCCGCUGACGGCCGUGCGCCUGGCCUCCCUCAACCAGAUCCUGGACCCCUGGGUGUACCUGCUGCUGCGCCGCAUCCUGCUGCGCAAGUUCUGCCAGGCCGCCAGCGCCGUGUCCCACUGCCCCAACGCCAGGGACAGGGCCCUCACCCUGUCCGAGGAGAUCCGCCGCACCGCCGCCUGAGGGGACAUCCAUGGCGGCCUGAGGGGACAUCCACCGCGGCCUGAGGGGACAUCCAUGGUGGCCUGAGGGGACAUCCACCGCGGCCUGAGGGGACAUCCAUGGUGGCCUGAGGGGACAUCCACCACGGCCUGAGGGGACAUCCACCGCGGCCUGAGGGGACAUCCAUGGUGGCCUGAGGGGACAUCCACAAUGGCCUGAGGGGACAUCCGCAAUGGCCUGAGGGGACAUCCGCAAUGGCCUGAGGGGACAUCCACCGCGGCCUGAGGGGACAUCCAUGGUGGCCUGAGGGGACAUCCACAAUGGCCUGAGGGGACAUCCACAAUGGCCUGAGGGGACAUCCACCGCGGCCUGAGGGGACAUCCCACAAUGGCCUGAGGGGACAUCCGCAAUGGCCUGAGGGGACAUCCACCGCGGCCUGAGGGGACAUCCACCGCGGCCUGAGGGGACAUCCAUGGUGGCCUGAGGGGACAUCCACAAUGGCCUGAGGGGACAUCCACCACGGCCUGAGGGGACAUCCACUGCGGCCUGAGGGGACAUCCAUGGUGGCCUGAGGGGACAUCCACCGCGGCCUGAGGGGACAUCCCACAAUGGCCUGAGGGGACAUCCACAACAGCCUGAGGGGACAUCCACCACGGCCUGAGGGGACAUCCAUGGUGGCCUGAGGGGAUAUCCAUGGCGGCCUGAGGGGACAUCCACCGUGGCCUGAGGGGACAUCCAUGGUGGCCUGAGGGGACAUCCACAAUGGCCUGAGGGGACAUCCGCAAUGGCCUGAGGGGACAUCCCACAAUGGCCUGAGGGGACAUCCACUGCGGCCUGAGGGGACAUCCCACAGCCACCUGAGGGGACAUCCCACAAUGGCCUGAAGGGACAUCCACAAUGGCCUGAGGGGACAUCCACAAUGGCCUGAGGGGACAUCCACAAUGGCAUGAGGAGACAUCCACAAUGGCCUGAGGGGACAUCCCACAGCUCUGGGAGCUGAGGCCACCUGGAAGUCCUCCUGGCAAUCGGCUCCAUGCUGGCACCCCCUCACGGUGUCACUGCUUGGACCCAGAGUGCCACAUUCUUCCUGCAGGGUGCCAGAAGUGCUGGGAUACAGCAGGACAGGACUCUGCAUGGUCACUGGUGGCUGAGCUGGGAUGAGGGCAUUCCAUGGCCCCUGCAGAACGGGAUGAGGACAUCCCAUGGUCACUGCCACUCGUGGCCGAGCUGCAGAACAGGAUUAGGACAUUCCAUGGCCCCUGCAGAACGGGAUGAGGACACUCCAUGGUCACUGCCACUCAUGACCAAGCUGCAAAACAGGAUUAGGACAUUCCAUGGUCACUCCCACUCAUGGCUGAGAUGAGCAGUGGGAGGUUUUGUGGGCCUAAAGUAGAGCCUGAGGGGGCCUCUCUUGCUUUAAGGUAGAAAAAAAAUUACUUUCCUGAGAGGAAACAGAUUCUAGAGAUGGGAUUACUGAAGGGACUCACUCCUGAGAAUGUUUAAUACUAACUUUGUCUCCUUCAGAGAGUCCUUCCUCCUUUUUUCUGGAGGGGCAAGGGGAGACAGGGAGAGAAACCACAGGAAUAAGGAAAAAAAAAAAAGAAAUUUGAUUGGAUUUCAGUGUCUUAAAACUGAGCAGGGGUUGUGGCAGUGAUAGAACACCCAUCCCUUCCAAGAACUGAAGGCAGCACGAGUGUCCUGAGUCACAGAUGUGUGCUGAUAAACACUCGUCCGCGUGGCAGAAGGGAGAUUGAGGAGGAUUAGCAGUUCCAAUCCAUUUGUGCCACAUCUGGGGCUUGUUUUUUAAAAAGCUGUGUCUUAACGCAUUUUCUUCACCCUUUUGGAGCUGACAGCCUCUCAUGUCUCCUGUUUUAUGGCCUUCUGGGUGAAGUUAAAUGCAAAUACAAUAAAAUAUACUUGAUAUUCCAUGUGCCAGGUACUGUGGAAUUCAGGGGUCUUACAGGCAAAUGAAGUCCUGCAUCUGUGAGGAAUUUCUUGCACAAAACCUUUAGUUUUGCUCUAUUUAAUUUGUUUAUAAAAGUAACUCCUCAGCAAAGAAUCUGUGCCUUCA